UUAAAAAAGUAAAUAUUUUUCGCAGAGUCUCGGGAGAAUGGGGUAGAAUUUAGUCUUCAUUUACUUCCUUCUUGCUUGAAAAUGACGUGAUUCUAUGGCACAACCAUGCGGAGCAGAAGUAACUCCGGUGUGCGACUUGAUUUCUAUCAUCGUUUAGUCACAAAAACUAUCAUUUCUCACCAGCAUCCUGUGACUGGUCUGCUGCCGGCGAGUACCGUUCUAAAAGAUGCGUGGGUACGAGACAACGUAUACAGUGUCAUCUCCGUGUGGGGAUUGGCACUGGCGUACAGGAAGCAGGCUGAUCUGGAUGAAGACAGGGCAAAAGCCUACGAACUAGAACAGCAUGUAGUGAAACUCAUGCGAGGCCUCCUGAUGUCCAUGAUGAAGCAAGUGGAGAAGGUGGAAGCCUUCAAGAAGACCCAGAGUCGCAAGGACUGCCUGCACGCCAAGUACAACAUCAAGACGGGCGACCCCUGCGUUGGGGACCACGAGUGGGGCCACCUGCAGAUUGACGCCACGUCGCUGUACCUGCUGAUGCUGGCUCAGAUGACUGCAUCAGGAUUGCAGAUUAUAUUUACCCUUGAUGAAGUAGCCUUUGUCCAAAAUCUUGUCUUCUACAUCGAGCAUGCGUAUCGGAUACCUGAUUAUGGAAUUUGGGAAAGAAGUGACAAGACGAACCACGGCUUCCCUGAACUGAAUGCAAGCUCCAUUGGAAUGGCAAAGGCGGCCAUGGAAGCGUUGAAUCAGUUGGACCUGUUUGGAGCGCGGGGAGGCCCAGCCUCGGUAAUUUGUGUCAAGGCAGACAUGAUUGCCAAGUGCCAGGCAGUCCUGUACUCUAUGCUGCCCAGAGAGUCCAACUCCAAGGAGAUAGAUGCAGGUCUCCUUGGUAUCAUCGGCUUCCCUGCAUUUGCUGUCGACGAUGAAGGCAUAGCCAACAUGACCCGCCGACACAUUAUAGACAAACUACAGGGGAGAUACGGAUGCUGUAGAUUCCUGAGAGACGGGUACAAAACAGCCUUGGAGGAUCCCAACCGACUGUACUACGAGCCGGCCGAGCUGAAGGUCUUUGAGAAAAUCGAGUGUGAGUGGCCGCUGUUCUGGACCUACCUCCUGAUUGAGGGCGUGUUCAAGGGCAACAAGGAGCAGGCGGAUGAGUACGCCGAGGGCAUUCGGGACAUCCUGGUACCAAUGAGUGACUCCACAAAAGUGGUGCCUGAGCUGUACUACGUCCCUAAAGAUAAGGUGGGGUUAGAGUACAAGAACCCCCACAGCCAGGACCGGCUGCCCGGCGGCAAGAUCCCCCACAUCUGGGGUCAGUCUCUGUACAUCCUGGGCCUGCUGCUUCAGGAGGGCUUUGUGGCCCCUGGAGAGGUGGAUCCGCUCAACCGACGCAUGUCCAUGGAACCCAAACCGGACCUUGUUGUCCAGGUGUCUUUGGUCGCCGAGGAUAAACUGAUUCAAGAGUCAUUGAAGAAGCACGGCUUUGACGUCCAGACCAUUGAAGAGGUCUCGCCAGUCCGCAUCUACCCAGCGCGUGUGCUCACUCAUUUAUACAAGAGAUUAGGUAAGAACAAGAAGUUGGGUCUUUCAGGAAACGUCUCUAAGGAGAACGGUCUCCUAAGCACCAGUAAACUCUACAACGUCCGAGGAGAGAUCCUGGCAUUCGUUCCCCAGUUCAUGGAUCAGCAUCACUUCUACCUGGCCCUGGACAAUGACCUGCUGUCGGAUAUCUCCAAGACAGACGUGGCGUACCUCUGUUACAACUGGAGGGAGAUCGGCCGGCCCAUAGUCACCUUCAUCAUCACCCACACAAUGAUGGGUGAGCAAGGCAUGCUAGGGGGCGCCAUGUGGUCCGUCAUCCGCAAGAUCAAGACCGGCUACUUGAACGGCGUUCAGGUCAAGAUGGGUCAUCUCCACGAGUUCCUGAGCACUUCCUGCAUCAAGCACCUGAGCUUCCUGGAGUCAGCACAGCAGGGUGAACACAUGACCAUUGAUCAGUACUUGGAGCCACACCUCUCCACGACCUGUCCCAGGCCCUUCCUGCCUCCCGUGGUGGAGAUGAAGGAAGGCAUCGGCAAGGCCAACCUGACACCCCUUUCAUCGGAGGAGCAGAUCGCUGGAACGCCGAAGUCCCGUCGGAUGUCCGUCGCGGGAAUCGUUCAGCGCACCCGCUCCAUUGACCUCGGACACGGCUAUACGGGUGGGAGAGGUCGGAAGAAGGGCGUCUUCCGGCAAGAGGAGGUGGAGGAUUUGCCCAACAUAGUCGAGCACGUCAGCCCCUCCCCCAAUCAGGAAUCGAUGACUUGGUUUGAAGCCGUCCGAUCGCCCAACAAGUUGAGCAGCAAGCCGUCCUUCCAUCUCCUGCCCGAAGACCUUGCGGCCUCCCCCAUGAAGCGCACGGCAAGCUGGACGCAGGAUAAGAUGGUUGUGGAUAUGUACAAAGGGUUGAAUUCUGGGGAAGUUCUAUCCCAGCUGUCUGAGUCCAUGUCCUUGAGUGAUCAGGCUGACAUUCUGCACUAUCUCUACGUGGUAGAGGGCUUGAAGUGGGACACCAAACUCAGCAAGAGGCAGGACCAGGUAGUGACCGUCCAGACACUCAUGGAGGAACUGUAUUACAAGAGUGCCCACUUCAAGGCCUGGUCAGUAGUCCGUCACACGGCCGGCAUCCUGGAGAAACGAGUGGAGAACCUAGCCCAGGCCGUGACGGCGCUCCUGGUGCGUCAGAAGCAGGUGUCGGUGGGCAUCCCCCCGGAGCCCAGGGAGAAGAUCAUCACGGCUCCCUUGCCUCCCAAGAAGCUGCACAAGGUCAUCGCGGAGGCCUGCGGGGAGGAUAAGAGCUCACUGGUGCUGACUCAGGAACUCUUGAUGUAUCUGUCCAUGUUCAUAAAGACAGAGCCCAAGCUCUUCUACGAGAUGUUACGCAUCCGUGUCGGCCUCAUUAUGCAGGUCAUGACCUCUGAACUCGCACGCACAUUGGGAUGUCAGGGGGAUAAGGCCUAUGAGCACCUGAUGUCCCUCAGCCCCUACGAGAUGAAGGACCUCUUGCACCACAUUCUCAGCGGCAAGGAGUUUGGGGUGUCUGCAGCGAGUGCCAAAUCAGUUGGCAUCAUGGAGAGACAGUUGUCUAUUGUCAGUACCCAGAAGGAUGAGCUUAUGGGACUGACACAGCUCAAACGCCAGUUGACGUCUAAAGCCUUGAGUCUUAAAGACGUGGAAUUGGAGGAUGAUGUGUUCCAAGAGAAAGUGGGCCAGUGGCUGCGACGUCGCAGGCUAGAUGGCGCCCUCAACCGUGCACCCGCAGAGUUCUACCAAAAAGUCUGGAAGAUUCUUGAGAAGUGCCAUGGACUGAGCAUCGAGGGCUACAGCCUCCCGCACCACAUGACCCGUGAGAUGACGGAGAACGAGUUCAAGUUUGCCCUGCAGGUGGAGUCGGCGCUGAACCGCAUCCCCCAGCCCGAGUUCCGCCAGCUGGUGGUGGAAGCCCUCAUGGUGCUGUCCCUGAUCGUGGAGAAUGACUGGCUCAGCAACCUGGGCGCCAUCAUACAAGUGGAAGGGCUGGUUAUCGAAGCUAACGAGAUCUUCUUGAAAGAUCAGCGCCGGAAAAAAUCCAGGACAAAGUCAGUUGAUGGCAUUCCUAAAACUGACUUAGAAACCACACCCCUGGCCCAAGGUUUGCGAGAUUCACAAAUUCCCAAGACUGAAGAAGGCACCAGUGAUUUUGACGGUGCCAGAUCGACUGUCCCCAUGUCAUUAAAAGUACGACGUUCCAGAAGGUCCAGAAGGAGUUCCACUGGUUCAGAAAUGUUAGAGAUGGACGUCAAAGGUGAUGCCACCCUGUGCUGUGCGUUAGACCGCCCUCGCCCGGUGCCGCUAGCCUGCGGCGGGGUGUCCGGCAUCUGCUGUCACUUCUACGACAGCGCCCCCAGCGGUGUCUACGGCACUAUGGCCUACCUGGCCAAGGCCGCCGCCAAGAAGUUGAGCUUCCACCACCAGUUUGACGAGAACGCGGAGGUGGACUGCAGAGUCAGCUGAUGAUGCUGAACAAAGUUUCCUCUCUCCUCCAACUCUCAAUGGUUGGGUGCUCUCUGAGAGUUGUAGGAGUCUACCCAGGUGGUAAUACUCAGUCCACUGCCAUGUUGCUGCAGAUUACUUAAACCUCAGGUCCAACUUUUAGAUCAGACGGUUGGUAGCAAUAACGAUUACUGGGUUAAUCAAAACACAGUCCGUCAGAGUCGGAGUGAGGUCCAUCCCUGGUCAAGUCACAAAGUCAAGUCAAGUCAAGUCAAGUCAUACUGCAAAACCUUUGUGUGUAUACACGUCAUCUGACGCAAACUGGUUAAAAACACCAUGCAACUUAUUAACUAGUAAACGGCACAGUACUUUCCCGUAUUGAAGAAAACAACUUCAAAGUGUAGCUUAUAACCACGAUCCUUUUCCACCGAGGCUACAAUUUAUCGUACUCAUCACAAAGAAUUGUAAUGUUAUACCUCUGUUUUUAGGGAGGAUUUUGUAGUUGCUUAGUUUAAUAAGCACCUUGUUGUGUAAGUACUUGUAAGAAAUAUUGCAUAUGAAUGAUUGCAUUUUGACUUGUUAAAAAGUGUGCUAAUGAAAAACCUUGUUUAACGGCAUUCCUUCCAGACAAUACAGACCAUGAAAAUGGAUUGAAAUGCUCAAAAUUAAAGGACUGUUAUUUGUUUCAGCGUGCAUUUGUGGAAACUGAAAUAUACAUCCAUGUUUUUCACUAUUAUUGAGAUAUAUUUAGGUAAACCAUUUUUUGCUGUUUCAAAUAAAUGCAGUUAUAUUUUACAAAAGCUUGCUUUUUUACAUCUCGAUUAGCAACAUAUCUUCUAACUUUGGUAUUGUUUUGGUUUCAAGUUUUAUACUAGCUUGGGCGUGCAGAAAAGUGUGAAAAAGCAAAAAUUGUUAUUCGCUUUAGUUGCAGCUUCGUUUUGGUUUUUCUGUUUGAAAUCUAGCUCUAGGUUCUGCAGCAGGUUGAAUUGGUACAAGAUGAAAAAUUGGAUGCAGUUUUUUUUACUUGUAUGGACUUAAGUAGAAACAUCUUUUACUUUGGCGCCCGAAUAAUCUGAAUUACUUUGGGUCACACUGUAUACUGAUGCUUGCAAUCAGUGAAACGUGUGAUGCUUCUGCCAAUAUGGGUUCAAUUCCAUCUUAAGUAACUAUAGAAGAAAUGUCUCCGCUAACGGUUGGCACAUUCACAGGUCAGUGAGGAAUUUUAGCCUGUGCAUAUGAAGUUCACAUCCGGUAAUCAUAACAUCUUGUGCUAAUUGUACAGGGUGGUGCAAAAAGAAGGAAACCCACUUUUGACAGGAAUUUUAACCUGCUUGCUUAACUAAUUUGAAUUUUUUUUAUAAUGCAGUAUAGUUCAACCAUCCGUGGUGAAAAAAUGUUUAAAAAUGGUGUUAUUAUUUUCAAGAAAUAGUGUAUUUUUUUUUUCUAUUCGCAAGAAUAGUGUUAUGCUAAUUUGAAUCAAAGUCACCAAAAUCACUGUUGCCCAGUGUCCACGUUUAAGUCUAGUGUAGUUUUGUCUUCAAAUCAAGCUCCGGAGCUCAGUCAAGCAGAUGGAAUAUUUUGGUUCUCGGACAAACAGUUUUGGCACAUGAUGUGUUUUAAACUACCGUAUAUCAGAGACAAAAUAGGCGUUUGCAAUCAUUUCUUCAUCAUUUAUGUUUGAAGAUCAAUACUUUAAUACCGUUUAUUAUUUUUUUUUUAAAAAUAUGCUCAACAAGUAAGUGAAAAUUGCUGUCAAAAGUGGGUUUCCUUCAUUUUGCGCCACCCUGUAGAAGUGCCGAAUUUCUUAAUUAGCAUAGAAUGAUUGAUCGGAUCAUCAGUAUAGAUUUUCGUGGACGGCAGCACCCAGAAAUUGCACCCUUAUCUUUAGCUGGAUGGAAAAUCAGCAACAAAUUAGUUUAAUCAAGUAGUUUGAUUGGCGUAUUUCAUCCUUCUUCAACAGAAACUGCUCCAAGCUUUCAGUCCAGGUUUUCUUUUUUAAAUGUUAAUUGCUGGCAGGUGUACAUGUCGCUAAUGAGCAGCUGGCAAGUGGUAUUAAUUCCCUUCUGACUGGGCUAGCACUGCCCACAUUUGGAAGUGAUGAUAGCCGAGCUAUGGUCUGACUUAGGCAGGAACUUGUCAUUUCCAAUUAACCACGGCCAAUUUCAUGCAGAUGCCAACUACAAAAAUGUGCUAACCAGAGAGAAUUAUUUGCUCAGCCAAAACAGAUAACCAGUUAAAUUGUUGUGCAUUUUAUUGCUUGUGAAUGGUUACCAGCUAAUUUUUUUUUUUAGCCCAUCGCGUGAAUUCGCUUACUCGAUUUUGUGCCAAAGACAUUGGGCUUUGGUCCGAUAUCUCGACAUGCGGCGUUGUUAGUUUUAAGUUCAGGGGGCAAGAAUAUUAUUGGAAGAGAGAUGGCUUGUGAUACGCAUUUGUACUGAUGGUAACUUUAAUGAUAAUUUCCAGAUUCAUAAAUUAGUGUGUGAAUCUUUUACACUGGCCCCAGUUUCAGCAGCCUUUGAAGGAAAGGAGCAUGUUUUUCUUGAACAACUGUACAUAUAAAUACACAUUAUUAUGCCACAUACGGAUAUUCACAUUGUUCUCAAUAUCUGAUAGCAGCGAUGAUUAUUCAUUGUACACAAGUGGCGAAGAGAAAUUUGUGCUAUAGACCAAUAUGUUGCGGCCACCUUGAUUUUUUCCCCAUUCAAAUCAACGUUACUAAAGCGAGGCUGGAAGGAAAUAGUCUGGUUCCUUUUUGCACACACACAAAAAUCAUUCAGUACUGUUACUGGAUACGGGGAACAUGACUGAAAUGGUGGCAGCAUGAUAAAGGUCUAUUAGGUGUAAGGCUGACUGAAAGAGAGUUGUAUAUUUUGAAAUGUUGCACAAUAACUGCGCAAUAAAAAAGAAAGAAUGGUAAGUUGGUUUGGCUUGCCAGCUAUUCUAGUUGACUCCAUCCUAUAUCUGAAAUAAAAUCAACUCGAUUUUCACAAAUUUUCACGAUUUUGUUCAUUCUUGUUUGAUACUUACAGUAAAUGCAAAUUGGGAUUUUCAAGCAGCUACUUUUUUUACAAGCUGCAGCAUGCUUUGCAUAAAAACCAAAGAAAUUUGUAUUGUGUGGUGUUAAUUUUUUUGGGUUUGAAUGCUGUCUUUUCUCUUUCACGAAAUUGCCAAAUUGUGUGUGUGUUUAAAAAAAAUAUUGUUAAUGGUGAACUAAUAUUUAUAGUAUGCUAGUACUGACAUAAAUUUUAAGGUUGUGCAUUUUGUAAAUGUGUACAUAACAGUAAACAAAAAAUAUGUUGUGAGUUAUUAGUUCUCCACGAAAAAUAAAAUGUAAAGUGAAGUUUCAAAAGGCAA